CGCGCCAUCGCGCCGGAUCCCCGCCGCCGCUGACCCCCUUCGCCUCCCCCCUCGUUGGCGAAACCCUCCCCUCCGCCGCCAUGCUGCUGGGCGCCAAAGUCGUACCCCGCGACAAGGCUGUGCCAAAGCAAGGAGGCGGCGACGGCUCGGGAUCCGACGGCUCCGCCGGGAAGACGCGCACCAAGCGUAGCAGCAGCAAGAGGAGAGACAAGGAGGAGAAGCGGAGGCGGAGGCACCGGCGGAGGAGCCGGCGCAGGUCGGACAGCUCGGAGGAGGGGUCGGACGACUCGGUCGACGAGGAGGAGGAGAAGGAGCUGAGCCGGAGCAAGCGCCGUAGGAAGCAGCGCCGCGGGGGGCGCCGCGACUUCUCCGACGAGGAUGAAUCCAGCGGCGAAUCUGACAAAGGGAGAGGCAGUGGCAAGGGGAAGCGAGGAGGCGCUGCAAGUGACGAUGAUGAGGAUGAGGAUGAAGAGGAGGAGGAGAUGGGAGGUGAGGGGUUGAGGGCGAGUGAGGUUGUCAGGAAGGAGAUGGGGCUUGAAUGGAUGCUUAAAUCGGCAAGCAGCAGUCAGCCGGAGGGCAGCCGUGCUCAGAGGGCUGAUAACGAGGAGAAAUUUGAGGCUACACAUGAAGAGGUGAAGAAACCUAACCCGAAAGAAAUGAAUCCCUAUUUGAGGGACAAUGGCAGUGGCUAUCCUGAUGAAGCCACCGCUGCAAAUGCAGCCAGUCAGUUGCUUGCAUCCUCUGUUGUCGGUGACGGAGGUGCUAGCUGGCGGCUUAAGGCUUUGAAACGUGCAAAAGAGCAAGCAGCUCGUGAAGGUAGAAAGAUCGAGGAGGUAGUCGAAGAGAGAUGGGGCUCAUUGGGUCACUUAGCCGCAUCAGUAUCAACGUCCAGAGUUGCCCCUUCUUAUGCCCAUCUGCAGGCCAUUAGGGGUAGAAAAGCUGGACAAGGAGACUACUCUGAGAAAUCCUCCAAAGUAGAUCGGAAGGAGGACCAGCGAGGUGAAGAGAGUGGUGGUGGUCGCCAAUAUUUGCAAGGGGUCUCCUCCCGGGAUCAUGCAAUGAGGAAACCCAGACCUGAUGCUGUACCUUGGAAGAAGAGACAGAAUAUAUCUUCUGAAGAUCAAACGCUCAUCUCGUCAGCACUAGCAAGCAUCAAUAAAUUUUCUAACGAUGGAAGCUUUAUGGAUAAAAUCAGUAACCAUGGUAGUAAAAAUACAAAUGUUUCAAAUGUCGAGAAAAGGGAUAGUGAUCAGAAAGCCCACCAGGAGAGUUCAAAGACAUCAUCUUCAGUGAGCACACAAAAGCAGCAGGAGAGUUCAAAGAUAUCAUCUUCAGUGAGCACACAAAAGCAGGAGAGUUCAAAGAUAUCAUCUUCAGGUAGCACUCAAAAGCUAAAUGCAAACCAAUUAGCUGCGAAGGUUCUGCAGCUCCGAAUGAAAGGCAAGCACGAAGAAGCUGACCAACUUUCGAGAGAGAUGGAGACUCUGCUGGAAAACCAGAGUGCUUCUGUUGAAGAGCCUAGGCAUGUAAAGGAAAAUAGCUCAACCAGGCAUACAAUAAAGCCCAGUGCAGCUGAUCGCAGGAAAAGAGAAGAGGAUGCUGACCUCCAUCUUGCAAAUAAAAUUAUGCACAACAAACAGUACAACAUGAGUAAAAGUGUGGAGGAUGAAUAUGAGUAUGGUGAUGCUCCCACUAAGAAAGGCAAAAGGACGAGAGAGGCACAUCAGGAGAAUAGGGGCACUCAGAGACAUAUUUUAACUCAGAAAGAGCGCUGUUUGUAUUGCUUUGAGAACCCAUCCAGGCCAAAGCAUCUGGUUAUUGCUAUAGGGAACUUCACUUACUUGAUGUUGCCACAGUUUGAGCCUCUUGUUCCUGGGCACUGUGUCAUUCUUCCAUUGCAGCACGAGUCUUCAACAAGAACAGUUGAUAAAAAUGUCUGGGAGGAGAUCCGCAACUUCAAGAAGUGCCUCCUAAAGAUGUUUGCGCAGCAGGACAAGGAUGUGGUUUUCAUGGAGACUGUCAUAAGCUUGGUCAAGCAACAGAGGCAUUGCAUGAUUGAAUGCAUCCCUGUCCCAUGCGAAGUUUCAAACAAAGCGCCCAUGUACUUCAAGAAGGCAAUCGACGAAGUUGAGGAGGAAUGGUCGCAGCACGAGAUGAAGAAGCUGAUUCCAACGAGCGGUAACCUGCGGCAGGUCAUCCCGGAGAACUUCGCCUACUUCCACGUGGAGUUUGGUCUGGACCGCGGGUUCGUCCACGUGAUAGACGACGAGAGCAAGUUCGGUGCUGGUUUCGGGCUGAAUGUACUCAGAGGGGUGCUCCGGUUGCCGGGGGAGGACAUGCACCGUCGCCGGAGGCACGAGUCCAUGGAUAACCAGAAGCAAGCCGUCGCCGGCUUCAUGAAAGACUGGGAGCCCUUCGACUGGACGAAACAGCUCGAGUAGAAGAUGUAAAUACAAAUCUCAGGAACACUUUGGAAGGCUCACGCAAUUCGCACCGACAGUUUUGUAGGGAAGAGAUUGUUCUUGGUGUUGUCAUGUAUCUGUGUUUUUAAAUGCUUUUCUGGUUGAAUUUAACAUUUCCACAGGAUAUGGCUGUGAACUGUAUUAGUUCAAAUAUAUAUCCUGAAGGGACGA